UCGUCUGCUGCCACCACAAGACCUCAGUGGGGGAAAGUUUUUAUUUUUAUUUUUUUUAAGUUGCAAGAUGCAGACUGGGAAUGGUUAAUGCCUGGAAGGGCAGAAAUGGAGGCAGCAAGGAAAGGGUUAGUGGAAUAGGUCAGAGGUCUGUGUUGUGCCUGGAUGCUAGGUGUCAGGUUGGAUGUCUGUGACUUGGAGGUGAACCCUUUCCUCUCCGGGCUGGUCUAUAGAAGGGGAGCUGCUGACGGAAGCGGAACUUGGCUGAGCUCUAAUACAAUGAGAGCAGAGGAAGGAUCCUCACAGGUCUCUGCCUCCUGCAGAGAGGGACAGGACAGGGGAGGGAACACUCCAGGAGACACUUUGGCACAACUUGGACAGCCCUGACUCUGCCAGUGUCUGCUCAGUGCAUCUGCAAUAGACAGACGCUGAAAACCUCUGCCCUGUCCAGUGCCAGGAUACCAGACUGCCUAGGAGGGCAGAGAUAUAAAGUGGGCUUCCCAGCAGCACAGAGGAGUACUUCUCACUCCAUCACCUGGAGCCUUUCAUUCAUCCUGCACACUGGACUCUUGCACCAAGGGAGUUCUCCAGCAUCAUUCCAGGAUCAAUCCAACAGGACUCUCAGCAUCGGCACCCUAUGGACCACCCUCUGAUCAUAUGAGUGCCACCUCCGAAUACACCAAUCCUAACAACUGCUUCAGCCAGAGCUGUGCCACCAUGGCUGCCUACCAAGCCCCCGACGAGAACACGGUGGCACUCAUGGCUCACAAUGCCAACAGCGCCAAAGAAGGGGAGAGGGAAAAGGAGGACAUGGAAAAGGCGCAGGAGAAGCCGGAUCCCUCUCAGACCCCUUAUUCCUAUGUGGCCCUCAUCGCCAUGGCCAUCAGGGAGAGCCCGGAGAAGAGGCUGACCCUCUCGGCCAUAUACCAGUACAUCAUCAGUAAGUUUCCUUUCUAUGAGAAGAAUAAGAAGGGAUGGCAGAACAGCAUACGCCACAACCUGAGCCUGAAUGAGUGCUUCAUCAAGGUGCCCCGGGAGGGUGGAGGGGAAAGGAAGGGCAACUACUGGACCCUGGAUCCAGCCUGUGAGGAUAUGUUUGAGAAGGGGAACUACAGGAGGAGAAGAAGGAUGAAGAGACCAUUCAGGCCUCCUCCUACACACUUCCAGGCAGGGAAGAGCCUGUUCAGCAGUGACACCUAUGGCUACCUGUCUCCACCCAAGUACCUGCAAUCCACCUUCAUGAACAACUCCUGGUCCCUGGGUCAACCACCAACCCCUAUGUCCUACACCUCCUGUCAGAUGGCUGGUGGAAACGUCAGCCCAGUCAAUGUCAAGGGACUAUCUGCAUCGUCCUCAUACAGUCCAUAUUCCAGGGUCCAGAGCAUGACAAUCCCCAGUAUGGUCAACUCCUAUAACGGGAUGAGCCACCACCACCACCACCCGCAUGCCCAUCACCCCCAGCAGCUGAGCCCUGCCAGCCCUGCUCCCCCACCCUCAGCCACCUCCAAUGGAGUGCAGUUUACCUGUGCCAGGCAGCCCUCAGAGCUGUCCAUGAUGCAUUGCUCUUACUGGGACCAUGAAACCAAGCACAGCGCCUUGCACCCUAGAAUAGACCUUUGAAAGAGGACCAUAUAAUCCACCUUCUGGGAGGACCUGAGAGAGAACUGUGGAAAUCCACCCCGGAUAGACCUGUGAGGCUACAAUUGCUCCCUGAGGAGAUGCCCCCACAAUAUCUUUAUAUAGUUGAGGAUUAUUGUAGGCAUUGGUGCCAUAGAUACACUGGGGAACUGAUUGUAUUGCAGCCCUCUGCUGAAUGAAGGCAGUGUAAGUGUAUCAUUGUAUAGCAGUGUGUUUUACUUGUCUCACUUGUGGCAUGUUUACACUAAAUACAUACAUGAAGUCAUAGCAAGUACAUAGAUCUAUGGUACAUGCAAAGCACACAGACAUAUGCAGUGAUGCACUCACCAGAGAACAGCAAAUCCCAGCUUUACCUGGUUCGGGAAUAGUGCAGGCUUUAGAGAUUAUGAAUCGUUUCAGUGCUCCUCGAAUACAUUAUUUUAUGAUAAUCCAUGUUUUUUUGGGGGGGUCACCAGUGUGGUAGACUGCUUAAAAUCCAAUGCCCAGUGUUCUGGAGCUGAGAUCCCUCUGCUGCUGCUACUGCCCACAUGUAAGAUCACUUGUACAUUGUUGUCUUAUAUAGAGGACUUAGAAUUGACCCUUUAUUUUGUGUACAUUAUUCCAGUUCAGGUCCAUGUAGUCAGACAUAUUCUGAGCAGUCCUUGUUUGCCUAGUAAUUUAUAGACUGUACUGACCAUUAAUAUAAUGACCCCUCAAUAGAGAUGAAUUCAAUGAGCCAGAUCCACCUGGGAUGAAUAUCCAAGUCCUGUGUAUGAAUGUGAAUGAGGAGAUUUGGUGUCCAGCUCCUAGGUAAUUUUUCUAAGUGUUUUGUACUGUAGGGUUUAGGCAUCGCAGCACAGUAUAC